ACAAUUCAAAGUCAGUCUGGACUCAUUAAUUGGGCAAGUUACUGAGAAUAGGGAGAAAAUAAAUACCAUAUCCAUGAAUCAAAAUUUGAUCGAACAGCGCUAUAAACUUAAUAAUUUACUACUUUUUGGUAUGGAAGAAAAAAACCAAGUGGGAAAAUCUUUAGAAGACACAGUGGUAAAAUUUUUAAAUGAUAAAUUAUCAGUAAACCUAACCCAAAGUGACGUAGAUAUGUGUUUUAGAAUAGGUAAAUUUUCUGAUAAAAACAGUACCAAUCCCCGACCAAUUCUCCUACGGUUUUUAUCAUAUAAAGUUAGAAGAAGUGUUUUUGAUAGGAAAAAAAUGUUGAAAAGUUCCGGAAUAAGUAUUAAAGAAGAUUUAACCACUACUGCUAGUAAGAUUUUGAGGGCGGCUAUGGAGAAAUACGGGAAACAUCGAGUUUGGACAUUGGAUGGAAGAGUUUAUGCGUUAAUUAAUAAUAUAAAAAAGUGUCUUUCUGAUCAUUCAUUCAACUAAUUUUAAAUGUUAAUAAUUACUUUAUCGAACAGGU